GGCUACUCUAAACUGUAGAUUUCCAAAUUUCUAACUGUCAAAAAUUGCUCAACUCUUCUGCUUGAAAUUGACGCCUUAUCCACAAACAUAUCAUCAGCAAAACGACUCCGAACACAGCCUUGUGGCUCCAAGCAGGCAGAGGAAGAGCGCAUAAAGAUGGCUUCUGAAAUGUCGGACAACCCUAUGGACGUCUCAGAGACGAUCUACCAGCCUCAGUCUAACGGGGAUGGCAAAUCGUGGGAGGAAUUGCGAACAAUUGUGAAGGGCACGCGGAAGACUGUGACUGCACUGGCGUGUCGUGUUCCUUCCUCAUUCUGUUUCAGAAGUCAGAUGAGCCAGUCUGGACCUACUACAAGGCUGUAUUUUCUCGGCAUCCCGCCAAAGCAGCGAGAAUCUACACUUAUGUAUGUCAACGUCCCAGAAACGCCCAUGAACAUCACACCAAUGCUACAGUGGUGCCCGCUAUUUGAGGGCCUAGAAAAUGCGGGGUCUGCUCAGAUGUCGAAAGAGGAGCAGUUAUUGAGAGAAAGAAAAAGGCUUGGUGUGUUUGGAAUCACGUCUUAUGAGGUGACAGAUGACAGAGGGAUUCUCUUCCCGGCUUGUAACACCCUGUUUCAGUGCAAGGAUGACCUGACAAAAGACGAGCCCCUGGUUCCAGAUAAGAUUGACAGUGAUAUAGAGGGGUCUCGUAUGGACCCGAAAAUCUGUCCGACCAAUUCAAACCUUGUGGCAUUUGUGAGGAAUAAAGAUCUAUGGGUGGUCAACACUGCUACACAACUGGAGACAAGGUUGACCACCUCAAAUAAAGGGUCUGAACAUUUGAAAGAGGAUCCAUACAGUUCUGGCGUGCCUUCAUUUGUGGUGCAGGAAGAAUUUGACAGAUACACUGGCUACUGGUGGUCACCCGCAGAACCAUGUAAAGACGAAAAUGGACAGCAAACUUACACCAUAUUGUACGAAUAUGUGGAUGAAUCGGGUGUUGACAUUAUACCGAUUUAUGGACCUUUUGAAGAUAAAGGUGUAGAUGAAUACAGAUACCCUCGUCCCGGUAAGACCAAUGCCACCAGCGCACUGCAGAUCAUAGACUUCUGUAUUACAGAAGAUGGCAAUGAGAUCGUCAGUAAGAGGAGUCUGUGCGAUGAUUACCUAAUGGCCUCAUACGAGUAUUUAGUCAGAGCAGGCUGGACUCCAGAUGGGAAAUAUAUUCACUGCCAGUGGCUAAAUCGGCGCCAAACCAACCUUGCCCUGUUCGUUAUCCCGGUGAAUCAUUUCCAUCCUGCUUGUUCCGGAGGGAACGAGGACAGGUCUGUCGGACCUGAAAAGUGCCAUAACAGUCACCGUGGUUACAGAAUGCUGGAGGACGAGUCACAGAUCUGGGUCAACGUUCAUGAUAUUAUACACUUCCUGCCUAGUACAUCAGACGGUACAUUCGAGUACAUUUGGUUAUCCGAGAGAUCAGGUUUCCGCCAUCUCUAUAGAGUGACGUCUCAACUGCCGCUGGGUGAGGAAAUUAGCGUGGCUGGCUUGAACUGUGAUACGGAAGUUGUGCCAAUAACGACAGGAGAAUGGGAGGUGUCAACCAAAGACAUGUGGGUAGAUGAAGAGAGAGAACUUGUCUACUUUAUGGGUCUGAAGGACACACCCCUAGAAACCCACUUAUAUGUGACGUCGUACAAAAAUCCGGGCAAUAUAGUGAGGUUGACCCAGGCAGGGUUCUCACACAGUGUGUCCUUCAAUAAGGAGUGUUCCAUAUUUGUGAGCGUGUACAGCUCCACAAACUGUGCCCCUAUGUCCACACUUUACAAGGUCAAUGUAACGGACAACGGGGUAGCUACACAGCCAGUAGGCCUGCUCAUGCCCUCUACACCCUGUUCCGACUACAUCCCUCCAGAGAUGUUUAACUUCAAAAGCAAGUCUGGCUUCACCAUGUAUGGGAUGUAUUACAAGCCCCAGGGGUACCAGCCAGGGGUGAAAUAUCCUACAGUACUGUUUGUGUAUGGUGGACCCCAUGUCCAGCUGGUGUCAAACUCCUUCAAAGGGCUUAAAUAUCUCAGAUUACACACGUUAGCAACCCAGGGCUAUGCAGUAGUGAUCCUGGACGGGCGGGGCUCGUCAUGUCGGGGACUCAAGUUUGAGAGUCACAUCAAGAACAGACUGGGCACCACGGAGAUCGAGGACCAAGUUGAGGGGCUACAGUGGCUCAUGUCAAAUGUGGACUUUAUAGACGAGAAGAGAGUUGCCAUACAUGGAUGGUCUUAUGGAGGCUACCUUUCUUUAAUGGGGUUGGCACAGAGACCCGAUGUCUUCAAGGUGUCAAUCGCGGGCGCGCCAGUAGUUGAUUGGAACUUGUAUGACACUGGCUACACAGAGCGAUACAUGGACCUGCCCGACCAUAAUGAUUAUGGCUACAGACAAGGAAAUGUUCUUACCUAUGUGAAAAACUUCCCUGACCAGGAGAAUCGACUGUUGAUUAUACAUGGCCUGAUGGAUGAGAACGUCCAUUUCAGCCAUUCAAGCCUUUUGGUUGACGCUCUUAUUAAAGAGUGUAAGCCUCAUACUUUACAGGUUUAUCCCAACGAGCGGCACGGAAUCAGAGGUCACGAGGCCGGCGAACACUAUAGAACACUUGUACUCAACUUCCUCAAACAUAACUUGUGAUAAUGUCUGGAUCUAGCCCUUAACACCACUGACUUAAGUGUGAGAAUAACACAGCCAUUGAACACAGCUGAAAAGAAUUGUGGAGAAAUUCCUUAAAGCUGCACUCUCACAGAUUGUCAGUGUUGACACUUUUGUCUCCGAAUCAGCUGAUUUGGGAAUCAAUGCCUUCAAUUCAAUCAUAUUAGAUAAUUCACAAUAGAACAAAUUUUAAUCGUUUGGUUAAACUGCCAAAAAGCUCAUUUGUUAAGGCAUUAGUAAUGCUUUUAGCCAUAAAACAUCAAUUUUUGAAGUUAAAUUUGAUAAAGUGCGUUCUGAUCUUCUGUCAGCAGUGUAAUAUCACUGGUUUUCAGACAUUUACGCAAAAAUUGGCUCAUUCAAAGACAAACAAAUAAAAAAGUUGUCAAAACGAUCAAUCUGUGAGAUUGCACCUUUAAGAAUAACUUCCUAAAGCAUGACUAGUGAUAAACCAGCCUCGAACAUGGUGAAUUGUGUGAAGCAUGGCAUUUAAUUUAAGAACUUAGUAUUUUGAAAUGAAGGAUGGCACUAGAAUCUACUAAAGGAUAUGUCAUAGUUAAAAAGCUUUUGUCCAGUUUUCCUACAACUAUGAAAUCUUUAGUCUGAAUUUCAACUGUGAUAAAACAUGGAUUUUUUGUAUUUGAGGCAGGAUUUUUUGUCUGAGGCAGGAUUUUUUGUCUUUAAGACAGGAUUUUUUGUCUGAGGCAGGAAUUUUUGUCUCUAAAACAGGAUUUUUUGCCUGAGGCAGGAAUUUAUGUCUCUAAAGCAGGAUUUUUUGUCUGAGGCAGGAAUUUAUGUCUCUAAAGCAGGAUUUUUUGUCUGAGGCAGGAAUUUAUGUCUCUAAAGCAGGAUUUUUUGUCUGAGGCAGGAAUUUAUGUCUCUAAAGCAGGAUUUUUUGUCUGAGGCAGGAAUUUAUGUCUCUAAAGCAGGAUUUUUUGUCUUUAAGACAGGAUUUUUUGUCUUUAAGGCAGGAAUUUUUGUCUGAGGCAGGAAUUUUUGUCUUUAAGGCUGGAAUUUUUGUCUUUGAGGCAGGGAUUCUUGGCAUCGAGGCAUGAUUUUUUGUCAAAAAUGGACCUUUUGCAGAUGAGGAUUUUUGCCUAAAUGUUAAUGUGGUAUAUUAAUCGAGAUUAUAAUAAUAGAUAUGAGUAUACACAGAUUCAUUAAGGAGAGCUAUUCCAGAAAAUUAUAUAACACACGGGGGAUGGCAAUUAUUUUCAUGGUACAUGUGUGAGUGUCUUUUUUUGCUAAAUUGGACCCAAAAAUGGUAAAUCUGCUUCUGUGGGGGGGGGGG